AGGGCGGGCGGCGGCGCUGGGGGAGCGGAGAGGCCGGGCUCGGCUUCGCCGCGGGCCGCGCGGGGAGCAGGAGCAGGAGCUGGAGCCGCCGCCGCCGCCAGCUUCCUGCCUGACAUAAUUCACUUCAAGAAGUGCACAAUGUCAGAACGUGGAAUCAAGUGGGCUUGUGAAUAUUGUACGUAUGAAAACUGGCCAUCUGCAAUCAAGUGUACUAUGUGUCGUGCCCAAAGACCUAGUGGAACAAUUAUAACAGAAGAUCCAUUUAAAAGUGGUUCAAGUGAUGUUGGUAGAGACUGGGAUCCUUCCAGCACCGAAGGAGGAAGUAGUCCUUUGAUAUGUCCAGACUCUAGUGCAAGACCAAGGGUUAAGUCUUCAUACAGCAUGGAAAAUGCAAAUAAAUGGUCAUGCCAUAUGUGUACAUAUUUGAACUGGCCAAGAGCAAUCAGGUGUACCCAGUGCUUAUCCCAGCGUAGGACCAGGAGUCCCACAGAGUCUCCUCAAUCCUCAGGAUCUGGCUCAAGACCAGUUGCUUUUUCUGUUGAUCCUUGUGAGGAAUACAAUGAUAGAAACAAACUGAACACAAGGACCCAGCAUUGGACUUGUUCUAUUUGCACAUAUGAAAACUGGGCCAAGGCUAAAAAAUGUGUUGUUUGUGACCAUCCCAGACCUAAUAACAUUGAAGCAAUAGAGUUGGCAGAGACUGAAGAGGCUUCUUCAAUAAUAAAUGAGCAAGACAGGGCUCGGUGGAGGGGAAGCUGCAGUAGUGGUAAUAGCCAAAGAAGAUCGCCUCCUGCUACAAAACGGGACUCUGAAGUGAAAAUGGAUUUUCAGAGGAUUGAGUUGGCUGGUGCUGUUGGCAGUAAGGAGGAACUUGAAGUGGACUUCAAGAAACUAAAGCAAAUUAAAAAUAGGAUGAAAAAGACUGAUUGGCUCUUCCUCAAUGCUUGUGUGGGGGUCGUUGAAGGUGAUUUAGCUGCCAUAGAGGCAUACAAGUCGUCAGGAGGCGACAUUGCGCGCCAGCUCACUGCAGAUGAAGUACGCUUGCUGAACCGGCCUUCUGCCUUCGAUGUUGGCUAUACCCUGGUGCACUUGGCUAUACGCUUUCAGAGGCAGGAUAUGCUAGCCAUAUUGCUCACAGAGGUGUCUCAACAAGCAGCAAAGUGUAUUCCAGCAAUGGUGUGUCCUGAACUUACCGAGCAAAUCCGGAGAGAAAUCGCUGCCUCUCUUCAUCAGAGAAAGGGAGAUUUUGCUUGCUAUUUCCUAACUGACCUUGUGACAUUCACAUUGCCAGCAGAUAUUGAAGACUUGCCCCCAACAGUCCAAGAAAAACUAUUUGAUGAGGUGCUUGAUAGAGAUGUUCAGAAAGAGUUAGAAGAAGAAUCUCCAAUUAUAAACUGGUCUCUGGAGCUGGCCACGCGUUUGGACAGUCGGCUGUAUGCACUUUGGAACCGCACUGCAGGAGACUGCUUGCUGGACUCAGUCCUCCAGGCCACCUGGGGCAUCUAUGACAAGGACUCGGUGCUUCGCAAAGCCCUGCACGACAGCCUGCACGACUGUUCGCAUUGGUUUUACACACGCUGGAAAGAUUGGGAGUCAUGGUAUUCUCAGAGCUUUGGUUUACACUUUUCCUUGAGAGAAGAACAGUGGCAAGAAGACUGGGCAUUUAUACUCUCUCUCGCUAGUCAGCCUGGAGCGAGUUUGGAACAGACACACAUUUUUGUACUUGCACAUAUUCUUAGACGACCAAUUAUAGUUUACGGAGUAAAAUAUUAUAAGAGUUUCCGGGGAGAAACUUUAGGCUAUACUCGAUUUCAAGGGGUGUAUUUGCCUUUGUUGUGGGAACAGAGUUUUUGUUGGAAAAGUCCGAUUGCUCUGGGGUAUACUAGGGGCCACUUCUCUGCUUUGGUUGCCAUGGAGAAUGAUGGCUAUGGCAACCGAGGUGCUGGUGCUAACUUGAAUACUGAUGAUGACAUCACCAUCACGUUUUUGCCUCUGGUUGACAGUGAGCGGAAGUUACUCCACGUGCACUUUCUUUCUGCUCAGGAGCUAGGGAACGAGGAACAGCAGGAGAAGCUGCUCAGGGAGUGGCUGGACUGCUGUGUGACCGAGGGCGGGGUUCUGGUCGCCAUGCAGAAAAGCUCCCGGAGGCGAAAUCACCCACUGGUCACCCAGAUGGUGGAGAAGUGGCUGGACCGCUACCGACAGAUCCGCCCUUGUACGUCCCUUUCUGAUGGAGAGGAAGACGAAGAGGAUGAAGAUGAGUGAAAACGACCAAGGCACUGGAUCUGCGCUGACCCCAGAGUGAGUGUGGUGCUGCAGCAGGGUGCGCGCUGAGCGGACAGUCCUGGCAGGACCUGCCCGGAAGGCUUCUCUCUGCCCCACACCCGGGGGAGAAGGCAGCUGCUGCAGGAGACGGACUUUGGUCGGACUACAGUUUGUAAAAAAAACUAAUUUUAUUAAGACAGAACACUUUUCCUUUCAAAUUGUAAAUCUGUCUAUAAAUGUAACGCAUGUGGUUGUGUAAGAAAUUGUGUACUAGGAAAAGCUGUACCAGCAUCUUCUAGUCCCGAGCAGAUCCUUCCAGCAUGGGCACUCCGACAGCACAUGGCAGGAGACCGCUCCUCGGAGCUCUAGUGGAACCUGGCAAUCUGCUUCCCCUUAGAAGAUCAUUUCACACCAAGCCUCUCAGAUUGGGAAAUUUUUGUACAAAUUACCCACAGCAAAACACAAAAAUAAACAAGUGUUUAUUUGAUUAGUUCCUGUUGUGCCCAAUCAAAUCAAAUCUCUAAGGAACAAACUGUGAGAAGCCUUUUUUUUUUCCCCUCCUGGUGUUGAGUGAGCUUCACAGAGACAUCAUUUCUUGUUCUGAAGAGGGUUUUGGUUUCUAUUACUGUUAUUUUGUCUUGAAGUUUUAGGAUACUCCCCUUUUCAGUAGGUAUUUGUUUGGAAAAGUUACCUAGAAUGAGGGUUUUAUUCCAGACCCUGGAACCCUUCUAAGUGGUUGUUCCCUGAACCAAAAGGGAGCAGGCCCACUUGUCACCUCAUCAGUUGUGUACAGUUUGUUCACUCCACCACCUGUGUUCUCCCAGCGUGCCGUGCAGAGGCUCUCGGACUUACUGUGUUCCCAUCGCCCCCUGCCCCAAGUGCAUCCGGUUGGGAAGGCAUGCCUUUGCUUAGGCUGAUCAGUUCAGUGCAGAAUAAAGAUUUGGAAAAAAUGCAGUAAGGUGGUAAAUGCAUUGUAUGAUGAAUUUCUGUGUAUGAGAAUUUUUGCAUGUUGGUUCAUUGUGGCCAUCCUUAUUUAAGGUUAAAAAUAUACUCUUAGGUAGAAGAAAACUCAUAAAAAGUAUUAUUUGACCACGUCAGGUAUACAUUCAGUACUGGGUAAAAAUGUCACUUAUCUCAGGAACACAAGACUAGUGUCCUGAUAAGCACUUUGUAGACUUGUUGAUGUGGCAAGGAACUGCCUCCACCUCCAGCCCAUUUUUCCUUCCCUUGAUCAAAAGGCUGUGAAAGCCUUCAGGUAGCAUUGGAAUGUGCAGCCUCAGCCUUGAUGCUGGCAUAGUAAAAUGGAGAGAUACCCAUGAGCUGUCAUUUCUUUAGUGCGUCCUACCCUCCCCCAACACUCAGUAAGAUAUUCCCAGGACAGAAAGGAUCAUUCUUACUGCAUGCAAAAACUGGCAGGAAAAAGAACCUAUUUUUACAGUAUGAUUCCAUGUAAAUGAAUUUUGAUAUAAUGGUAAAUGUUAACUUUUCUUAUAAAUGAACUCCAUAUGGUUUGCUUUCAUUCUGAGGACUAGUUUGUAGAAGGCUGUCAUCUCCAGUAGCGGGCAGAAAUGCUGUUCCAAUUGCCAGCUAAGCAAGCUCUGCCCUCCCAAUUGAAGAAGCCAAAGAGGUGGAGGGAACAGCAUUUGGUCGUGGGGCUCUGCGCUGAGCUGGUGUUGCUACAGGCUCACUAUUCAGCUUCCACCUGUGUGUUGUGGUCUGGUGAGUGUUUCCCCUGAGCACCCUCUUUAUUUAUUUAUUUAUGAUCAGUGAGUGACCCCGACCACGUAGUUUGGUAUAGCAUUCUUCCCUGUGGGAAAGAAUUAUAUAGAUAUAGAUGGUUCCAUUUCUUUGGCUCCAGACAGAUAAGUGGCUCUCACAGCAGACUGGCUGUUCAAAGGCUGCAUUGAGCUCUUGAACUGUGGAACCAUGAAACAGCCAUAAUUAUUGUCCCCAGAUAGUCUCCAAGUCCCCUAGUACCCGGCUCGGUGGCAGAUGUGAAUGUCUUUGGAUCGACUCUGGAGGAUAAUAUCCGAACUGUAUGGACUUAACCUUAUAGUUCCUUUUCUAGCGUGAAAACAAUGUGGUAUUUUCUGUUGUGACCGGUUUUCUUCUUCCUUGGAGUCAAUUUGUAUAUAUAAUCAUUUCCAAAGGACUGUUUCAACAACUGAGAUCUAAUUAAAGCCCAGGUGCACCAUGGACUUGAA